GUAAUUUAACAUGGCGGAAAUUGCCGCCGUAGAGGCUACGAGCCCGCGGGGAUGUGCGGAUGGGGAGGACGCAGAGCUCGAAGAGGAGGGGAUGGCAGAAAUGCCGAGAGAUGAUCAGGAGCAAUUUGAGUGCCAGGAACUGCUCGAGUGGCAAGUGCAGGUGGGGGGCCCCGAGGAAGAAGAGGACCCGGGCCCGGUGGCCGAGGCCGAGGCGGUAGCUGCCGGCUGGAUGCUCGAUUUCCUCUGCCUGUCUCUUUGCCGGGCCUUCCGCGACGGCCGCUCCGAGGACUUCCACCGGACCCGCGACAGUGCCGAGGCUAUUAUCCAUGGAAUGUCCAGUCUAACAGCUUAUCAAUUGAGAACUAUAUACAUAUGUCAGUUUUUGACAAGAAUUGCAGCAGGAAAAUCUCUCGAUGCACAGUUUGAAACUGAUGAACGAAUUACACCCUUGGAAUCAGCUCUGACAAUUUGGGCUUCCAUUGAAAAAGAACAUGACAAACUUCAUGAAGAGAUACAGAAUUUAAUUAAAAUUCAGGCUAUAGCUGUUUGUAUGGAAAAUGGCAAUUUUAAAGAAGCAGAAGAAGUCUUUGAAAGAAUAUUUGAUGACCCGAAUUCUUAUGAGCCUUUAAAAAGGAAAUUGCUUAUGGUAAUCUCUCAGAGAGAUACAUUCCACUCAAUUUUUCAACACUUCAGCUACAACAACAUGAUGGAGAAAAUUAAGAGUUAUGUGAAUUUUGUGAUAAAUGAAAAAUCAUCAGCCUUUCUUAUGAAGGCAGCAGCAAAAGUAGUGGAAAGUAAAAGGGCAAGAACAACUCAAGAUAAACCUAUUGAAAUGGAAACCGAAGCUAAUUUGGAUAUAGGAAAAAGUGUUAGUGACAAACGGUCUGCAACUGAAUUCUCAGGGGGUACAGUAUCCUUAUCGAGGUCUCACAAGAAGCUCUUUGUAUCAAAGUCAAAACACGGAUGCCAACAACAGGAUUUUAAUAGGCAAGAAGAAAGAAUGGAAACUCUUCAAAGUAAUGAAAAAGGACACGUUCUGGGAGGUGAAAGAAUGAAAAGACUCAGGAGACAAGCUGGUGAAAAAGAGAGAAGACAUGUUUUGAACAGUCAGCCAGUAACUUCUAAAAAACAUCGAUCUAGGAAAAAACAGGCAUGGCUUUGGGAAGAAGACAAGAAUCUGAGAUCCGGUGUGAGGAAAUACGGAGAGGGAAACUGGUCUAAAAUACUGUUAAAUUAUAAAUUCAACAACCGAACAGGCGUCAUGUUGAAAGACAGAUGGAGGACUAUGAAGAAGCUAAAACUGAUUUGCUCAGACAGUGAAGACUGAAUGUGUUUGUAAAAGCUUGAUAGAAGGACAGUUAAAUAUUUUGAUCACUGCAUUUUGUUUGAAACUUGGUGGUCAUUGAUGUAUCUUAAAAUUUUUGUCUAAAGCAUUACAGUAUCUAUAGUAUCACUUCAACUAAUAUGAAGAUUUAUGCUAUAAGAGUAAGAUUAUAUGCCAUCAUUGCAUUCUUUAAGAAUCUUUUUCCUCUGAUAAAAUGUAGAUUUGUUGAACCCUGGUGCUUUCAAUAACCCUAUCCCCAAAUCCUAUUCCAAUUAAGAAAAAAAAAAUUGAAAAUCUGGUAAGAGAAAAAAUAUUUAUUCCUAUUAACCUAUUCUGUGUCUCUAAGCUGACUUGACCUUUGUAACACACAUAAAAGUGAAGUUUUUUUAAGACUUGAUUUAUGGCCUUAAUAUAUUAGUUACUAAUACAUUUGUAUAUAGAAUGAUACAUGUACAAAGUAAUCCAUGAGUUGUAACAUUCUUAAAUUUUCUUUUCAGUUGUUUCAUAUAGAGGAGAAAACUUAAAAAUAGUAAUACCCAUAGGAGGACAAAGUUUGUACUAUUACCAAGAACAGCUUCAUGUCCCAUUUAGGUACAUUUAACUUCGUUCCAGUGUUAAAACCUUGACAAAGGUGGUUUUAAAUCUGCCUUUAACCUGGUGCCAUAAAUACCAGUUUCUUUGAUUUUUUUUUUCCUCUAUAUUUUCAUUUAAUAAAUCAAUAUUGGGCCUAAGUGGUAUUCUGUAAGUGCUUAAAUUAGUGUUACCCAUGAUCAUUUUGAUGUCUGUGAUAAUUGCUAAAUAAAUAAGGUCAUCCAUAUCUUACUGAACAAUUUUGACUUUUCACCAGCAUUUUAUUUUUUAGAGAAUUUAGUCAUAAACUAAGAAUUACUUAGCCUUUUGAGUUAUAUGUGCUUUAUUCAAUGAGUGGAAAUACUGAAGUAUUGGUGUACAGAGUUAAAUGGUAGUAUUUAAUAAUUUAUAUUUCAUUUUGUAUUAAAGUCACAUACAUUACUUUCCCA